UAACUCUUUCUUUUAUGACAGAUGAUUUGGAAAUAUUUUUAAGAAAUUCACAAAAUACUUUUAUUAAGAAAUUAUUAAUUAGAUAUAUGGUGUGGAAUGAAGGUAAACAUAUUUUAUCUUAUAUAAAGGAAUUUAUUACGGAAAAGAAAAGGGUUAAAUAUUUGGCUAUUUCAGAAUUUGGUCCUGGUGUUGAUAAUGAAUUGUUUUCUUCUAAAGAUAAAUUCAAAUUUCAUAAUGUUGUAGUGCGAAGAUACAAUGAUUUAUAUAUUACUCCAUAUAAUUUUAUUACUAAUAAUUUACAAUAUUCAAUUUAAUUAUUUUGAAAGUUGUAUUAUCAAUACGUUCUAAUUAAUAAAUCCGGGUUAUAUAAAUCAUUAUUAUAAAGUCACGUGUAAUCUAGUUAUAAGUGUACUAUAUAUUUACAUAACCAAUUUGGUUACGGAACGAUUUCCCGAC